AUGGCCGGAGUAGUGGACUUCCAGGACGAAGAGCAGGUGAAGUCCUUUCUGGAGAACAUGGAGGUGGAAUGCAAUUACCAGUGCUACCGCGAAAAGGACCCAAACGGUUGCUAUCGUCUGGUGGACUAUUUGGAAGGGAUCCAGAAGAAUUUUGAUGAGGCUGCCAAGGUGUUGAAGUUCAACUGUGAAGAGAACCAGCACAGUGAGAGUUGCUACAAACUGGGAGCUUAUUAUGUGACUGGGAAAGGUGGACUGACUCAGGACCUGAAAGCUGCUUCUAACUGCUUUUUGAUGGCAUGUGAAAAGCCAGGAAAGAAGUCCGUGGAGGCGUGUCACAAUGUUGGUCUCCUGGCACAUGAUGGGCAGGUCAAUGAGGACGGCCAGCCUGACCUGAGGAAGGCCAGGGACUACUACACAAGGGCCUGUGAUGGCAACUAUGCUGCCAGCUGCUUCAACCUCAGUGCCAUGUUCCUCCAGGGUGCCCCUGGUUUCCCCAAGGACAUGAGCCUGGCAUGCAAGUACUCAAUGAGAGCCUGUGACCUGGGCCAUGUUUGGGCCUGUGCCAAUGCUAGCCGCAUGUACAGGUUGGGGGAUGGUAUUGAUAAGGAUGAGACCAAGGCCGAGUUGCUAAAAAAUCGGGCCCAGCAGUUGCAUAAAGAACAGCAGAAAAGUGUCCAUCCUUUAACAUUUGGGUAG